GAAAACAUGUUGUGGAGAAAGGCGUGUGUGUGAGUGAUUCUUUACCAGUCAAACGCAGAAGUGAUGAUGACGAUGACGAGGAUGAAGGUCUGACCUGACCUGUGAUACUCGCCUCCUAUAUAAACCCCACCAGCAACGAGAGGAACUCCUCAAACCCACCGCACUCUCGCUCAACAAGUUCAGGACAGCGGGUAACACACACUCAGUGAUGAGAGCCAUCAGUGCACGCGCUGGAUUCACGAUGCACGGGGAUUUCCUCCAGAUGUAGGAGUGUGUUUAGACUCGUUUAGACUCGUUCAUCGGGAUGGAGUCGUUCCCGGUGGCAGUGAACGGCGUUUCCCACGCAGAAGACCCGUUCUCCGCUCCUCUAACGUUCAUCGCGCCCUGGAACUAUAAAGUCCUGGCGGCGCUGAUGUUCAUCGUGACCGCGGCUUCUCUCUGCGAGAACUUCGCCGUCAUGCUGGUCACCUUUCGCUUUACUCAACUCCGACGACCUCUCAACUAUAUCAUCGUUAAUCUGUCCCUGGCGGACUUCCUCGUGUCGGUGACCGGGGGGACUAUCAGUUUUUUAACUAACUAUCACGGGUAUUUCUUCUUGGGGAAAUGGGCUUGUGUUUUGGAGGGCUUUGCGGUCACAUUCUUCGGUAUCGUGGCGCUGUGGUCUCUGGCCGUCCUGGCGUUCGAGCGCUUCUUCGUGAUCUGUCGCCCCAUGGGGAACAUCCGCUUGCAGGGCAAACACGCGGCUCUGGGUCUGCUGUUCGUGUGGACCUUCUCCUUCAUCUGGACCAUCCCACCGGUGCUGGGCUGGAGCAGUUACACCGUCAGCAAGAUCGGCACCACCUGCGAACCCAACUGGUAUUCGGGAAACUUCCACGACCACACCUUCAUCAUCACGUUCUUCAUCACCUGCUUCAUUCUUCCGCUGGGAGUGAUCGUCGUCUGUUACUGCAAACUGAUCCGGAAGCUGAGAAAGGUGUCCAACACGCACGGCCGGCUGGGUAACGCUAGGAAACCCGAGCGUCAGGUGACCCGUAUGGUGGUGGUGAUGAUCGUGGCCUUCAUGGUGGCCUGGACUCCGUACGCCGCGUUCUCCAUCGUGGUCACGGCUCAUCCCAGAAUCCACCUGGACCCGCGGCUGGCAGCCGUUCCCGCCUUCUUCUCCAAAACAGCCGCCGUCUACAACCCGAUCAUCUAUGUGUUCAUGAACAAACAGUUCAGGAAGUGUCUGGUUCAGCUCCUGAGAUGCAGAGACGGCUCUCUCAUCGAGGGAAACGCCAUCCAGAGCAGCGAACGCCAAGGCAUGACCAACGAGAGCCAGACCGGAGAGAUGUCCACCAUCGCCUCGCGAAUCCCCAAACACGGAUCCAUCCCGGAGAAAUCACAGGAGCAUCCCGGAGAACGGAGAUCGCUCGCACACAUCCCCAUUCCGGAGAACAAAACGGCAGGCGUUACGAUGAUCCUUCCACGGUGGUUUCAUAAGCUCAUGAUUUGUUUUUCCAGUGAUCUUGAGAAGAUGACACUGUGCUUUCUGUCAUGUUUUUAAUUGGGUUUGGUGUCCUGGAUCAGAUCUCUGUGGGUCAAUGAGGUGAUAAUAGAGUCUGAAGCUGCUGUAAUUCUCAAAGCGUGUGUGUUCAUUUCAUUCACUCCCGCAUGAUCCCAGUGUGUGUUUCUGUCUGUUAUACGUUCUGCAAAAGCAUGAUGUCAAUCAAAGAAUGUGUGUAUUUCAAUAAACGUUUUUUCAAACGCA